UAGUUCGCUCGGACCGACACUUCUCACAGGGAAUUCACCUUCCACAUCCGUGGAAACAGCAGAAGUCACCGGCCGUGCACAGUACUAGGUAAGAGAUCCAGCAGGAGGAUGGGAGGUUACACGUUCCCUACACGGGCUAGCCUGGCAGCUUCCUGGGCCUUGUAGUUUAUGUUACUCGGCGACAAGUGUGAGGAGGAACUACGUUUCCAAUGAUACCUCGGGGUAUCCUGCGUAGAACAAAUAGGAAGGCUCUAGCGGCCAGCCAAUGGGGGCAGUGCGGGGACGUGCUGCGGCUGACAGAGCAGUUGUUGGGUGGAGCUAUGGGGCUUGGGAUGACGGCACGGCUCGGUGUAUGAGGGAGGGGGCACCAGCGCUCUGCAAGACGCCUACCAGCUCUCUUCUGUAACCUUGCGCUUCGGACUGGGAGCAGUCGCAACUGAUGGACAAACAUUAGGGAGUUGCGGUGGAGCAGGUGCGGGAUUGUUUGGUGCGGGAUUGUUUGGUGCAGAGCUGUGGAGCCUGAAGUGGCGGAGGAGGGUGGUUUGGACGCGGGCUAAUCCAGUAAGAUGUAAUGGUCGCUGGCUCUGCACGACGCUAUACACGGUGGAUGAACAAUAGGGAGAAAGCGGCGAUCAGCAGUAUCCCAGCUCCGCGUCUCCCUGCCAGUGUCCCCUCAUCCCAGGAGCCGUGCUGUGUGCCCGGGCACUGCCCCCCUGGCGGCUGCUCAGCUGUGCUGGUGUGUGGCACAGGGUCCCUUGGUGUUGUGUCAUCUCCUAUACGUUAUUUUGCUGAUCGCAUUUUGUGCGUCAUGUGAAGAGCGCAGGUGAAGCCAGUGUGUGCUGUGCGGCUGGUACCCAGGUUGUGCUGCUGCUGCUGCUUGUUGAUCUUUGUGGCACCAUCAUCUCAUCCGAGGCCUGCUGCACCGUCUGUUCUCCUGCCUCAGGGACCUCACUGCUGCACUCGGACUGCUGCAGAACCUCUUCCCGGGCUGUGCUCUUCUCAAGUCCGAUUCCACCUCAUUCCAAUAUAGUCUGACAUGAGGCUAGGAAGUUUCUAAAAGGGCUACUGGUUCUCCAGUCUGGCUUGGACUGACUGCUGGUCCACGGAUCUCGGUUUAUAAGAAAUCUCCGCCAUUUGUUCGAGGAUCAGACCCGGCUUCUCACGCCAUCCCAUGGAUGUAAACAAAUCCGUCUUAGACUGGAACCUUUAAACUCCACAAACGUUUUCUUAAUUUGCAGUGAUUAUGAAGUCUUUAGAUGAACCUCCCUUCCUGUCGGAUGGCACAGAUGUAAGUGCUAAAUACAGGGGUGCAUUCUGUGAAGCCAAAAUAAAGGCAACCAAAAGGCUUGUGAAAGUCAAGGUAACAUUUCGACGGGAUGGGACAACUCUGGAGGUGCAGGACGAUUAUGUUAAAGGUCCCCUGAAGAUUGGAGCUGUGGUAGAAAUCAAAAGUCCAGAUGGAACUUAUCAGGAAGCUAUUAUCACUAAGUUAACGGAUGCGAGCUGGUACACAGUUGUGUUUGAUGAUGGUGAUGAAAAAACUUUAAGAAGAUCGUCACUUUGCUUAAAAGGAGAGAGACAUUUUGCAGAAAGUGAGACACUUGACCAACUUCCACUGACCAAUCCAGAACAUUUUGGAACUCCUGUAAUAGGAAAGAAAACAAAUCGGGGGAGAAGAUCUAAUCACAUUCCAGACGAAGAGUCAUCCACAUCAUCCAGUGAUGAAGAUGAGGAACAGGACAAAGCUGGAGAUGAGUUACUAGGGAAGGUUGUCUGUGUUUCAUUAAAUAUUGGAGACAAAAAAAAAGGCACUUGGGUUCCAGUGUUGGUAGUAUCACCAGACUGCCGGGAUGAUAUAGCUGUGAAGAAGGACUUUACUCUAGUGCGCUCUUUUAAGGAUGGCAAAUUCUUUUCUGUUGUAAAGACUGAUAUCCGAGAUAUUGGUGACGUCUCCUUUAAAAAUGACUGUAUAGUAAAGCCAGCUCUAGACUAUGCCAUGGAAUUCUUAAGAAAAAAAACUAUCCCAGCUACCUGGAAGGCUGAGGUAAAGGAUGAAAGCUCAGGUAGCGAAACGGAGGAUGAGGAGACCAGAGAUGACGACAACAGUAGUGAAGAAGAGGAUGAAGUGGAACCAUUUCCAGAUGAAAAUGAGAAUUUUUUGCAACAACUUUACAAAUUUAUGGAAGACAGAGGAACACCCAUCAACAAAAGACCUGUACUAGGGUACCGAAACUUGAAUCUUUUUAAACUUUUUCGUCUUGUACAUAAGCUUGGAGGAUUUAGUAAUAUUGAAAGUGGAGCAGUUUGGAAACAAGUUUAUCAAGACCUUGGGAUUCCUGUUCUAAAUUCAGCUGCUGGCUAUAAUGUUAAAUGUGCUUACAAAAAAUAUCUAUAUGGUUUUGAAGAGUACUGUACUUCUACUAAUAUUAUUUUUCAAAUGGACUUGCCAACAAAAGUUGCUAAAUCAAAUGAAGACAAUGUCAUGGAAAGCAAUAUUCCCCUGAAACAGAAAGCUGAAAGCCUUGGAAAUCUUAAAGAUGAACAUUGUGAAAAGAACGAUGUUCGCAAUAAUAUAGACAAACUGCCACCUGAAGAAAAAGAUUUUGCCGGAGACACAGAUGUUCCAUGUAAGAGCGAGAGAGAAGUAAAAGCAAAUGAUCGCAUUGCCGAUGAAAAAAUUGGUGUAUCAGAAGAGGGCAAAAUCCAUCAAGAGCAAGACUCUGUUGGUGCUGAGAAAAAAGAAGAAACUUGUUUGCGGAAGAAGGAGGAUGAUCCUAUGAAGAGCAUUACCGAGAUCAAGGGUGAAGAUAUUGAAGAGGAGGAAGACCUUGAAAUGUAUUCAGUAUGCGUCAAAGGACACAUGCGAUAUGAAGAACCUGUAAAAGCUGACAAGACCAUCAGGCCGGCAGAUAAAAGAGUACCAAAAAUAAAACAUAGAAGAAAAAUUAAGAGUAAGAUGGAGACAGAUCCUAGCGAAUGCAAGUCAGAAAAAGAUGAAAACUGCAGUAAACAAUGCAGACUGUUUUCAAGACCUUUAUUCCAGUCAUGUGAUCUAGAGGAGUCAACAUUUGAUUCUUCAGAAAGUAAAAAUUCUGGCUCAGGUCCAUUGAAGCCUUUAGAAAUUACUUCUAUUUUGAAUGGUCUCCAAGCUACUGAAAAUUCUGCAGAUGACUGUGAAACAGAAAAAAAAACAAGCAUUACUAAGAGUGACAUGACUACACAAACAGAAGGAAACUGCAUUACAGGGAUGGAAGAAAAUUACUUUAGAGUAAGCAGUAAAAAAAAUAAUUUAAAACACUCAGCUGUGAAACAAGAGAAGGAGUCUACAGAUGACACAGAUUCUGAACUGGAAACUCCAAGACAGAAUAAGUUUGUUAAAGACUUUGUAGUUCAGAUAAACAAAUCACAGUCUAAAGGUGACAAGAAAAAAAUUAUUGAUUGUGGAAAAACUUUAAGUUCUAACUUAAAGGAUGAAAGUAACAAUUCCAAAGAGACAAAUAAUCAGUUUGAAGUUGACACAAUAACUUCUUCUUCUGAUGAAGAAUGUACCAAAGCAAAAGGUUCUUUUGUUAAAAAAAGUAGCAGUUUGGAUGAAAAAAAGACCUUACAAGCAUCAAGCUUCUACACAAGCUUAACAGAUAUGCAGGAUAAAAGAACAAAAUUAUUAAAUUACUCUGAGGAAAGGCUUCGGACUAAAGACCGCAAAGAUGUUUGGUCAAGUAUUCAAGGACAGUGGCCUAAAAAAACUUUAAAAGAACUUUUCUCGGACUCUGAUACAGAAGGAGCAGCAUCUCCAACUCAUGCAACUCAAGUUGAUGCUUCUCUUUAUUCAACUCAGUCAAACAAAGAUGAAAGUAAAGAUUUGUCAGCAGAAGUUUUACAACCUUUCACUGAUGCCAUUAAGUUUAUACCGGCUGAUGAAAAACCAGUUGAGUUUUAUGAUAAAAAAGUUGACUUCCCCAGUAGUGGUAGUAAUUCUGUACUGAAUACACCGCCCACCACGCCGGACUCCAACUUAUCUUUAAGUGAGUACCAGAGAACACAGUCAACAAUUGAAAGCUUGGAAAAUGUGGAAACAAACCAAGAAGAAGUUGAAAGUAUGAAAAGUGACACAAAUAGCACAAUUGAAGUGGACAGUGUUUCUUGUGAAUUACAAGAUCUUCAGUCAGAGGGAAAUCUUUCACCUACUGAAUUUGAUGCCAGUUUCAGUUCCAGUAGCAGUAACCACUUGGAAACUGAGAACAAACAGAAGGGUAAGGAGGAAAAAAACGAAAAUGCAAAAAUGGAAAAACCCCUGGUCCUUAAGGGGUUAAGAAAAACAGACACACAUCGGUUAUUUCUCAAUGACUCCAGUCUUCCAGCAUCCAGGAACAGAGUGCCCCGAGCAGGGCGUAACAUCACACGAGGGCGGAGACGUGACGUCACGAUACUCAGGCCCUGUAGUCUUGACCCGUCAGAAUCGGACUCUGCAGCGGUCUGUGCAGCUCCCACAGGACAAAAAAGACAUGCAGAAGAUAACGUUGACCUUAUGGAAAAUUGCACAGUAAAGAGAAUAAAAAGAAACCACACGUCUGCUACUCAUAAAAGGAAAAUUUCUCAUACCAGUGAUAGUGAAGACCUUUCUGGUGGUGAAAGUCUUUCAAAACAUCAGACUUCAAAGUCAUUUUCUGGAGUAACAUCAAAACAAACCAAAAUAUCAUUGGGAUUGUGUACGCCAGGAAAAUAUGUGAAAAACAGAGAAAGAGAAUCUUUUCAGAAGGAAUAUAAUGAUUGUCUGCCUAAAUUGUACAAGUGGAGUUUCCAGCUAUCGGACCUGGAAAACAUGACAAGUGUAGAACGCAUUGCAUUUCUCCAGGAAAAACUUCAAGAACUUCGUAAACACUAUCUGUCAUUAAAAUCUGAAGUAGCCUCUAUUGAUAGAAGAAGAAGGCAUUCUAAAAAGAAAGAAAGGAAAAGUGCUGUUCUGUCCACCAUGUCAUCAUCACCUUCUUCAAGUUCAAUCACUGCAGCUGUAAUGUUGACCUUAGCAGACCCAUCUCUAUCAACAUCAACACAGAAUGCAAUGACCGUUGAGUGCAGGUGACAGAGGGACCUUUUCAUGCACUUGCACUUACUAUCGUUCAACUUAUUGAGGCCAUUGACUUCUUUUUCUACUGCACAGCAACAAAAGUACAGACAGGCACUAUUUUCUAUUGCAUUUUUAAUGUGUUGUCCACUUUUUAUGAUGUAGAAGUAAACAGAUUUUCUUCAAGCAAUAACUGUUUCCAACUAGUCUGGGAGUUCUGUUUUGCACCCAAUGCCUGCUGCUAUUGGAGGAGAAGGCUAUUGAUGUAUUUUAUACAAGGGUAAUGCAGUAAAUAUAUUAAGGGUCCUUUACAGAGUGCUGUGCAGAUUGUAACACAGUAGUUGUAAUUGAGCUGUCAUGAUGCCAAUUUGAUGGGUUUAGAAUGGCAAUUGCAGUAGAUAGAGCUGUGCCUAAAUACUAAACUGGGACAUGUGAUAGUUAUAACACAUUAUUCCAUCAUCAUUGUUUAUGUACUUUGUUAUCAGUACAUUUUUUCCUGUGCUUGAUCAUUUUUGGGCUAAAUUAGAACUACGUUUUAUAAAGUGGUACACUUGCCACAUGGCAGACACCAUUUAAUAAUAGAGGUAAGCUUAAUAUUGCUAAUAAAAGUGCAAAUUAAGGGGGGGGGGGUUAAAGUUGAAAAUCUAAUAUGUACAAAAUAUUUCACCUGUCAUAGUUGGGAAGGGUACAAAAGCCCUGUGAACAGGAGAACUGUAGUGCUUAUAAGUUAUAGAUUGCGGUGGGUCCGAGCGCUGGGGCACUCAGCGAUCUCCUGUACGGGGCCGUGGCAGUCUGCCAGAAGGACUGUCAUCCCCAGCAGAAAGCUGCGGCAGGCAUGCCCCUCCAUGUAUCUCUAUGAGAUUCAUUGAGGGGGCAUGCCGGCUGCCACAUCAUGUGGGGACGGAAGGCCCCCUUUCCUGUGCAAUGCCACGAACCGUACAGGAGAUUGCGGGGGACCCCAGCGCUAAGACCCCCAUGAUCUAUAACUUAUCCCCUAUCCGAAGGAUUGUGGAUAAGUUCUGAGCCCUACAGAUGUCCUUUAAGGACAUUUCACAUUGAGAAAGCGAAGCUCAAGAUUUCAUCUACUGAUAGAAAGCCAUUUAUAGUGGUCUGCCCUAGUGAGGGAUGUCCUUAGAGGCUGGGUUCACACUAUGGAAUUACCAGGCGGAAAUUUUCAUGCAGCAGAGUGUUUUGCGGACAAUGGGAUUCCACUGCACAGUGCCCACAAUGGAAUUUCAGCAAUGGAGUUGAAAUUCAUUUGGCGAAAGAAUGAACUUUUGGCCGAAUACUGCGUGGAAUACAUUGCCGCCUAUAGUGACUGGUAAUGUCUGCCAGCCGCCCUCAGAAUCUCUGACCGGAAAUAUUCCACAACGUGAACCCGGCCUAAUAAUACAUUGAAUUAUUUAUUGAAUAUUAUGUUAUAUUUGGUAGGAAAAAGGAGUCAUUGUAGGUUUCCUAGGCAGCAGCAAGGUUUGGCUGCACUAUAUUACUAGUCAGUUUGUAUAAUUUGCAUUAUUGGAAAGCAUAUCUUGCCACAGUAUAUCGCACAAGAAAAGAUCACUGAGCGCUCACCCACUGAUAUGCCGGAAGAAGGACCUCUUCACCUGAAGAAAGCACUGAUCUGUGCAGGUAGGCGACAGAUGGAACCAGGGGGAGUUCAGACAACAGGCCAGGGACUAUAUAAUGCCAUUAGGCGCUUUGUCAGGCCGCUGAGAUGUCAUCACAAUUACUCCAUGUCUUUAACUUCUUCCCAGGUAACGUCAUGCAAGUGAAAAGGGUGCAGAUUAACUCUUAGCGUUACCAUAAUAGAUAAGUUAAAACCAUAUAUAAAGGAAUAAACCUAACAUGUGAGCUAGGGAAUACUCAAGCAGGGGCUUAUAGCAGAGCACAUAAUUCAUUUUUAUCAUUGAGACCCAAUGGCCCCAUCGAGUCCAGUCUCAGAAUCCAUCUGGAUUCUUUCAGUAGCAACAUUUGGUGUCUGUCCUUUCCCCUUCCAGCAUACUCAACCUUUUAGCUCCAAACUUUAAGGACGUCAGAUUUAUAAAUCUUAACGAACCUUUACAGUACGUACUGAUCUGAAAUGUUCCCUGAUCCUGUGGAACAGGGGGCGCUUAAUCUUACCUAUGUAAUACAACCUGCAUGUACAGACCAUGCAGUAUAUCACAUAGGUAGACCUACACGUGACAGGCUGCUUUACAAACACUGUAUAACCUCCCAGUUGCAUUGUUUCCGUUUUAAUAUUCAUAUCACAAAACGAGCAAGAACCACAUGUGUGAUUCCCUACGAUUCUGGUAUCGGUAAGCUAAUUAGAUUGUGAUUUCUUCCUACUUUGUUUCUUUUUCAAAUAGUCCCUUAUUGUUUUAUUAUGUUUAUAUGUGAUAAUCGGUUUCUGAGUUGUUAUAUCAUGAAUAUCGGGAUCUCUUUACAACAUAAACCAGUUUGAAUAAAUAUUCUGCUUUAUUCUGUCAUUUAGAGGCGUAUUCCUGAAUGUAAAAAACGCUCUAUGUGCCUGGGUAUCUUUAUCAUUAAAUUGCCUCCUUUUGGUAACCAAUUCCUCUCUCUGAAUCCUGGCUCUGGCUUGCGAUAUUACUUUUGAGGGGUAACCCCUAGCAGCUAAAUGUCCAGCUAAAUCGUCAAGUUGCUGAUUAAAUGUAUCCAUAUUGUUGUGGCCUACCAUUUGGCUGUAGUGGAUACUGUUUUUAGUUUGCUCUGUAUGUGAAGAAUGAUAAUGAAGAAAAGCAUUCCCGCCUGUCUCCUUUCUAAACCCUGAUGUUUGGAGCUGACUGUUUUCUAUCUUGAUGUUAACAUCUAAAAAUUCCAAGGAUUCUCCCCAAAAGACUGUGGUGAAUAACAUGUUCACCUCGUUAAUGUCAUUGAGGUCAUUGACAAAUUUACUGAACUGGUCAAAGGAACCUGACCAGAUCAGGAAAAUAUUGUCCACAUACCUCAAUAUCAUCUUAAUGUGAUGCAGAAAUGGGUUCAGCGGUGUGAAUAUAUAAUAUAUAAUUUUCUCAAAAAUGGAUAAAAAAAUAUUGGCAUAAACGCAUGAAACUGGGGACCUCAUCUGAACCAAUUUCCAUCACAUUGGAAGCAAUUGUUAGUGAGAAUUAGAUGUGUAGCCUCCAUAAUGAAUUGGAUAAAAUCAGUACACUUCUCUGUUGAGGACAAAAAGGUCUUGAGAGCCUGUAUACCCGCAUCAUGGGGGAUGCGGGUAUACAGGCUCUUGAUGUCUAUAGACGCCAAGCUGUAACCAUCCCUCCACUGAAAAUCCUGGAGGGCAAUAAUCAAGUCACUGGUAUCCUUCAAAAAUGUAGGUAUCAUUUUCAAUAGAGGGGAAAGUAACCAAUUAAGGUAACUGGACAGGAAUUGUGUGGGAGACCCAAUAGCAGCAAUAAUUGGCUGAAAUGGGGGGGUUGAUUUUUAUUUAGUUUUGGGCAGGAUGUACAUGUAUGGUUUCGAUGAAUUAUUGGGAAUGAGUUUCUGCGUUUUUUUUUGGCUGAGAAUUCUAUUCUCUACUUUUUUCCUUAGUAAGUUACAGACAUCGUCCAUAAUCUUACUUGUAGGUUCCACUGUUGGUUUCUCAUACAGCAACCCAUUAUUCAGCUGCUUACGGAUUUUGUUGUCAUAAUCCUUCGGCCACAACAUCAGCUAGCCAAUCCAAGGCCUGCUGUUCCUCCAUAGAAAUGUUAUAACCGGCCUUAGGAUACUUUAAUGCUUUAAUUUCCCUACACACGGUACUGUAAAACAAAUCUAUGGGGCUGCCUGAUGUGAUGGGUGGGUUGAAUGUGGAGAGAUUCCCCCCUAGAAACACCUUACUCUCAUUCUCCAUGUCCCCUCCCUGUUGCUGCCAUUCCUCCCCCUCAUCCAUAGACUCCAUCAAAUCUCUUGUUGCUGCAUAAUCUUGGGGUUCAAAACCCUACACCAUCCAAAAACCCAACGGUCCUAUAGAGUCUCUCCCUCUAAUGGUGAGACAUCUUUUUUAUUUGGUUUUUGCAUAUGCAUCACUGUGAAAAACUUCUUGAGAUUAAGCUUUCUAACGGCCUUAAACAAGUCCUCCUCAAAUGCUGGAAAAUUGAAGUCCUCUUUUAGUCCAAAAUUCAAACCCCUGUUUAAUACCGACACACAUCCUGGGGAUAAUUCCACAUUAGCCAGAUUCACCACCAGACUCUGUGAUUUCUCUAACACCAUGAUACUGUUUUCCUUUUGUACAUUUUUCUCACCGGUCGCUCUUUUUCUUCUACCACCUCACCUGAUUCGACCCCUAACUGGGGUCACACUUGGUCCAGGGGUGGCUCUCCCCUGAUCACCUUCAUCGGGACUGGAUUCCGACUCUGUUGUAAAAUAAUUGGAUACCUUGGUUGGUUUCCUGCGAUUACCAUGUGGCUUAAAUUUUCUGCCAAAUUUACCUACUUACCUAUUCUUAUUUGUGUUUUUAUUCCUGGAGAAAAUGUGUUUCAUUUCAAAAUCCCUCUUAACAAUUUAUCCCGCAUUGUCUUGUUAAUAGUAGUUUGUAGUAGAGUUAGCUUUUUCUCUAGUUUCCCCAUGAAGGUUGAAAACUGAGAAUCUGACAUCCUGGUUUUUAACUCCUGUCAGAGGUCGACAGUUACCUGUUCAUACUCAAUUCUAUUUUGUUCCAGCACUAACUGUUGCAAAUUUAAUGAAUGUUGUAGGUGCAAAUCUUCCCAUUUUUUCACAAAUGUAUGGUUGCCAGUAAAUUGCGAGGUGGCUUAUAUAAUCUAAGCCCCUAGGGGUUCAGUGAUUUUCACUAUACGCCUGUAACGAAUUCACUGUCCAAAACAGUUUGGUUUCUCGUUCAACUAAUAAUUAAAUCUUAAACUCCAUGGGUUUUCGUGCUGAGCAUUUGAAUUCCAUCCCUUAGCUCACAUGAUGAAAAGAAUUCCCCAUGUCCGCUCUCCCUGCACUAAAUGUACUGCCCAUAUCUUCACCUGUAAUCUCCAUAUUCAUUAGCAAUGAACCAAGGGAACCUUCUUAUAGACCAACGACGUGCUCUGGACAAUAAAGAUACAAAAUAUACACCGCUGAACCCAUUUCUGCAUCACAUUAAGAUGAUAUUGAGGUAUGGGAAUGAUAUUUUCCUGAUCUGGUCAGGUUCCUUUGACCAGUUCAGUGAAUUUGUCACCUACCGUAAAAAACGGAUGUAUAAUAACGGAUAAAAUAAUGGGUGCUAACGGCUGAAUAAAUAUUAAUCCGUUAAGACCCGUUAUCCCUCAUGUAUGGCCGUAAUACACCUCUGCCUACAAACUCCCACAGCCGGGACUACUACUACUCCCAUCAUGGAACAGACUUCUUUCCCUGAUGGGAGUAGUAAUUCCCUGGUUGUGGGAGUCUUCAGACAGCUGGGGAGGCUACAUUAGUGUUUGUACUACUACCCCCAUUAUGGAACAGAGUCUGAGGGGGGCUGAGGGAUUGAUCGCACCAGGUUUCACUUCUGAGACCCGUUGCGAUCCAAAGUUAUUAAGCAGGGGAGCGAGCAGCAUGCUCCGCAACCCUGCGAUGUAUCAUGUGUUUUAGCUUUCCUUUUUGAAUCCCCCGCGGGGAGCCCUGAAUGGCCAGUACUGAGGAGCCAUUCAGGGCUCUCAGCGGGAGAUUUAAAAAUGAACAUUGUGAGUAGCAGGCGGGCCAUAGCUAUAAUAAAAGCGCUGUGGAUGGCAAGAUGUAUAGCGCUGCAGGGGGGGGCAGACAUAUAGCCUAUAUAUCUAGCCUCCCAGCACAUUUAUAAUAUGCCCCCUGCAGCGCAUUAUAAAGAUAUGACCCCUGCUAAUGCAUAACAUAUAUAUAUACCCCCCCGCCGGGGCAUUUAUACAUAUAUACCCCCCCCCCAGCGCAUAUAUAAUGUACCCUCGCAGCUCAGCGCAUCUAUAUACAUAUGCUACUGCAGUGCUAUAUGUAAAAAGCAUUCUAGCAGCAGCAUCGGCUGGCCCGAUGGUGCUGAUAGAAAUACUUUUCAUACAUAGCGCUGCGACGGCAUAUGUAUAUAGAAGCGCUGGGGGGCAGAUAGAGCUAUAUGUCUGCCCCCCCCCCAGCGCUUCUAUAUACAUAUACUCCUGCAGCGCUAUGAAUGAAAAGUAUUUCUCUUAGCAGCACAUAGUGCCAGCAGCCGGCUGCUGGCACUAUGCGCUGCUAAUAGAUAUACAAAAUUUUCAUAAAGGCUUAUCUGUUUGCCAUAGACCUCAAUGUUAAAAAUAACGGCCAUUCAUUUAUCCGUUUCUUGUGGCGGAAGUAAAAUGAGUGCAUGUUCUGUUAAUUCUUCCGUCACAACUAUCGUCCGUUAGUCAUGACGAACUAUAAGUGGGUCAUAAUGGAUAAUCAAAAAAUCCCAUAGACUGUAAUGGGAUUUUGUAACGGACGUUUAAAAUCCUUUUUUAAAGUUUUUGUAACGGAUGUUUAUAACGGAUCUUUUAACUGAUGAAUUUUAUAGUGUGAAAGCAGCCUAAGAUUUAUUAAUCACAUGGCUGAGUGUCAUUAUAAUGAUCUGAUGUCCUUAAAGUUUGGAGCUAUCGAAAGGUUUGAGUAUGCUGGAAGGAGGAAGGACCAAAUAUUGCUAUCGAAAGAAUCUAGAUGG